UGUGGUCUAAUGUGAUUUCCGCCCUGUUCCGGUUCUGUACUCUUCUGAGUAGGGAGCCUAUAAAUGGGCGGUGAGACGCGGCUGCGCGGUUCGCUGUGACCGACUCUCAGAACCGAUCCAGAGGAUGGAUAGGACCUUGUUUCCGGUUCUGGUGUUCCUGCUGUCCGUGUCCUCAGCAGCCUCCCUGGAGCCCUACGACCUGCUGUAUGACACCGCCGUGCAGGCUUUCUCCACCGGGGACUAUGAGAAUGUGGUGCUCUACAUGGAGGCAGCGCUCAGCAGCUACGCACAGGUCCGGAGCUCCAAAGUCCGGUGCCGGCUGAGGUGCCAGGACCAGCAUCCGUUUGAUGGAACCUUCUCGGACUUGCGUUUCUUCGACGUGGUCCUCCAGAGAGCUGCGUGCAUGAAUGCAUGCAUUGAUGAGAAACUUGGCUCCCAGUCUGUGCACAAAGUCAGCGAGGAUGUGGUGCAGGACUUCCACAGGAGGAUCCCGUACAACUACCUCCAGCUGGCUUAUCAGAAGCUGCAGCAGCCGGAGAAGGCGGCAGCGGCGGCUCACACCUACUUCCAGGCCAAUCCUGAGCAUGUGGAAAUGGGCCAAGACCUGGAGCAGUACAAAGACCUGCAGGGCGUUGAGGAGAAUCACUUUGUGGACCGAGAAGCUCGUCCUCAUCAGUUCACCUUCACAAAAGCAGUGAAGUUUUACGACAGAGGAGACUACGAAGGAGCUGCUGCUCUGUUUGAGGACGCUCUGGUGGAAUACUAUAAAGCUGAUGUGGAGUGUCGUGCCCUGUGCCAGGGGCCACAGGGGUUCGAGGGCCAUGAUCAUCUCCGCUACCGUUACAGCCUGCAUGAACUUGUGUCAGAUCACUUCACCCAGGUGCUUCACUGUGAACAUGAGUGUGUGAGAGACCUGGCGACUCGGCCGGGCCGCCUCUCCCCCAUGGAGAACUACCUGCCUCUGCACUACGACUACCUGCAGUUUGCUUAUUUCAAAGUGAACAGGCCGGAGGAGGCGCUGCAGUGUGCUCUCACCUACUGUUUGUUUCAUGAGGAGGAGGAGUUCAUGACGGAGAACGUGGAGUUCUACAGGGAGAUUGUGGGACACGAAGGGAAACCGCGAGAGGAAGCUGCUUGGUACCUGAGGAGGCACAGACAGGAACUGGAGCUCCUUCUGACUGGCAGCAGAAUAAUGGGAGUGGACUUCACUGAAGGGAACUACUGGAGUAACAGCGGUGGAAGAGAUGAUUCAAACAGAAUUCCCUCUGGCACCAACGGCUGGAUGGACUACGUUCCCAUCUCGGAGAAGAAAAAUGCUUCUGCAGUCGUUUCACUGCAACUGAGAGAAGGUGGCCCACUGUUAUACGAUGGUGUGAAGCUCGUGCAGAACUCGUUGGCCUUGAACGGGACCCAGCGGGUGCUGCUGGAUCACGUUAUAUCUGAGGAGGAGUGCUCCAACCUCAGAGGCCUGGCACAUCAGGCUGUCACCAUGGCAGGAGAUGGUUACAGAGGGAGGAUGUCUCCACACACUCCUAAUGAGAAGUUUGAAGGAGCCACUGUACUCAAAACUCUGCAGUAUGGCUAUGAGGGCAGAGUACCGAUGAGGAGCGCUCGGCUGUUCUACGACACUAGUGAGCGAGUCAGACGAAUCGUGGAGUCUUAUUUCUUGCUAAAUUCCACGCUGCACUUCUCCUACACACACCUGGUGUGUCGGACAGCAAUCUCAGGCCAGCAGGAUCAUAGGAACGACCUGAGCCAUCCCAUCCAUGCUGACAACUGUCUGCUGGACCCCGACGCCAACGAGUGCUGGAAGGAGCCUCCAGCGUACACGUAUAGAGACUACAGUGCACUGUUAUACCUAAACGGAGACUUUGAUGGAGGAGAGUUUAUAUUCACAGAGAUGGAUGCCAAAACUGUCACGGCUUCAGUGAAACCCAAAUGUGGCCGACUGGUGGGGUUCUCCUCAGGGGGUGAGAAUCCUCACGGCGUGAAGGCCGUCACCAGUGGCCAGAGGUGUGCCGUGGCUCUGUGGUUCACCCUGGACCCUCUCUACAGAGAGCUGGAGCGACUACAGGCAGACGAGGUGAUCCAGGCUUUAGACACACAGUCCGUUUGGGGCCAAGGCCUCAACAUCAACCCUAAAGACGAACUGUAGAGGAUGGAGAUCUCCCCCAGCCUUCCUCCUUUACAAAACUCCUCUUUAUAAUUAUACUAUUUAUUGAAUGGCGUUUGGAUCAGAACAUUUUUAUUUUUGUACUGUUUGAAGUGCAGGGUAAUAUGUUGUUUUGUGUUGUCACUGAGUUGUAUCCCUUUUCAUCUAUUGUGUUUCCAUCCAGACAUGUGUUGUUUUACUGUGUUGUGUGUGAAAGGUGUGUUGAACUGUGAAGUUGACAAAGCUUAAUUCAAUCAAAAAUAUGUGCAGUUACUAAAAAUGUUUUAAGUUUAGAGGUCAUUUGUUUCAAACUAUAACUCAUAUCCAUGUUACAUAUUGUUUCACAUGUUAUUGCUACAUUAUUUUACAGUUCUGUGCCAGUAAUAAUUAUUUUCUAAGUAGGCGGUACACUGUUUUUCCACUUUAGAAAUAUCACUCAUCUAAAAAUGUGUUAAAGGUGCAAUAUGUAAGAAUGAAGGAAGAAUUACAUCAAGCAGUCCAUUUUUAUAAACAAAAGGUGACUUUCACUAUCGUUCUGUGAGUUUCAUGGCUGUUGCCAUAUGCUGGUGAAGGUUCUCAGUCAUCCAGGUCAAGGUAAUCCAAACAGGUUUGAAUGAAGGUAACUGGACUUCUUUUGUUUCUUGAAGAUGUUUGUUGCCAGUUACGGAUCAGCUUCAUGAGAUUCUAAAUGACAAAGACAAGUCAGAAACAGUAAGUUGAUAAUUAAAUACAUCGUCAUUUCUGGGGCUAGUACUCUUGGGUGUUUUACGGUAGGGAGCACAGACUACACUGAUUACGGUAAUAUGCCUCAGGCAUUCAAGGAAGUGUGGUUGUUUUCUGUCUUGCUUGUUCUGAACAAGUCAGUGCAUAAAAAGAUCAAUUUCACUGUAAUAUUGAGUUGUUGGUAAUUGAAAAAGUAGCUUGAGAUAUUUUUUAGAUAUUUGAGAUGAUUUUUUGCUAAUUCACCAUUAGCAUUGUUAUCUCAGCGUUAGCUUCUAGCCUUCUUCACCCGAUAGACUAAAACAAAAAGAUGCCGUGGCUUCUUAGGAGUGCAAGAAAUAACUUCUGGGUUGCUCCUGUUUACUGGCUUUGGUUCUUUCAACAACUCUGGAGCUUUUUUUCCUCACUGGUGUUGAAAUACAAAUACCAGCAUUGCAGCUUACUGCAAACUCAGCAACCUUGCAGGCUCACAGAUUGUAAACAAAGACUUUGUGCCUCUUUAGUUUAUUUGAAAGGAAAAAACUGACCACCCAUCAGUCGGCUGAGAAUAAAAUCUGUUUCAGUAUAACCUUCCUUCCAACAUGACUGAGAUAUUAAAAUGUUUUGUGUGCUUCACCAUAGGAUUCUUGCAUAUUGCUCCUUUAAAAAGGCAAACAUUUUUCUGUGUUUAAAGAGUCCUCAGUCAAUGUAUUAAAAUAGAGUCAUAUACAGGUCUACGAAGUCACUGAUGAUAGGGCAUAAGUGUUUUUUAUUUAUGUGUUUUAAUAAUAGACCGCUGCUGUCUGCAUUUAUUAUGAAAACUAUUUUCAUAAAAGAUGCUAAUCAUUCCUGUUUCAAGGAAUAUAUAUUUGUACACUUUAAUAAUUCUUUAUAUUUGUAUUGAUGAUGUUGAUGCACUGCAAAUCCAAACAAAACAAUUCAUUUUGUUUUUCUACAUCCAUCCAUCCAUCCAUCCAUCCAUUUUAAUCCGCUGAUCCGGAGUUGGGUCGCGAGGGCAGUAGCCUAAGGCGAGAGGCCCAGACUUCCUUCUCCCCAGCCACUUGUUGUUCUACAUAGAUUUAAAAUGCUAAUCGGUCAUUUUCUCCUGCUUUAUCAGGUUGGACACUUAAUUUUUAUUUAAUAACAUAAUGCUGUAGCACAUAGAUGUAUGUGUGCAUGCUUACAAAUGAAAGACAAACAUAUUGUAAUAAUAAUUAGCUAUUUUUUGUUUUAUUGACAUUGUGUACAAUUAGACAUCACAACCAAAAACACAUUGAACAAUAAAAUAUGUUGGAUUCUCUGA